AUGGAUAAAAGUUGGAUGUCUAUGGAUAGAAGAUCAGAUGCAUACGAGAAUGGGGUUGACCGUUUUUGUGAAUUUGCUCUACAUCAUGCUGCUGAUCCUAGUUCUAUUCGUUGUCCUUGUUUAGAUUGUGGACAUGUUAAACCACAGACUAUCAAGGAGAUUAGAAAUCAUUUGUUUUGUUAUGGUAUUGAUCAGAGUUAUGUUACAUGGUAUUGGGAUGGAGAGCCUAUUCUUAAUUCAGAUCUGGAAAGAAAAGAUGGAACUUGGGAAAGCUACAAUGAAAGUAUUUUUAUGGAAAACACUAUAGAGAUGGUUGAAGCUGCGAAGGAUGAAUUUGUUAGCAAUCCAGAAGCUUUUGAGAAGUUGCUGGAAGAUGCUGAGAAACCUAUAUAUCCUGGUUGUGUGAAGUUUACUAAGUUAUCAACUCUAGUCAGAUUGUAUAACUUGAAAGCACAAGGUGGGUGGCCUGAUAAUAGCUUCUCAGAAUUAUUGAAAUUCUUGCAAGAGCUACUUCCACAAAUGAAUGAGAUGCCUUCAACCUUGUAUGAAGCAAAGAAGACAUUGGGGUCCUUGGGAAUGGAGUAUGAGAAGAUACACGCAUGCCCUAAUGACUGCAUCCUAUAUAGGAAAGAGUAUUCAAAAGCAUCCGUAUGUCCUACUUGUGGUGUGUCUAGGUGGAAGGUUAGUAAGAAUUCUAGUGGAGUUAAGAAAAAACAAGUACCAGCAAAGGUUCUGUGGUAUUUUCCCCCAAUCCCUAGAUUUAGAAGGAUGUUUCGUAAUAGGGAUAUAGCAAAAAACUUAAUAUGGCAUGCCACGGAAAGAGAAGAAGAUGGUAAACUUCGACAUCCAGCGGACUCUCCUUCAUGGAAGCUUGUAGACCACAUGUGGCCAGAUUUUGGGGAUGACCAUAGAAACCUUCGACUGGCAAUUUCAGCAGAUGGAAUAAAUCCUCAUGGUUCUCUUAGUAGUAGGUAUAGUUGUUGGCCGGUUCUUAUGGUCACCUAUAACCUACCACCGUGGUUGUGUAUGAAAAGAAAAUUUAUUAUGCUAACAAUGUUAAUAUCUGGUCCUAAACAGCCGGGUAAUGACAUUGAUGUCUAUUUGGCACCAUUAGUAGAAGAUUUAAAAACUUUGUGGGAUGUUGGUGUUAAGGCAUAUGAUGCAUAUAGACAAGAGAGCUUUAUGUUAAAGGCUAUUUUGCUAUGGACAAUAAAUGACUUCCCUGCAUAUGGGAAUUUGUGUGGUUGUAGUGUCAAGGGAUAUAAAGCAUGUCCAAUUUGCGGUGAUAAUACACAUUCUGAAUGGCUGAAGUUCGGUAAUAAGAUUUCAUUUGCUGGCCAUAGAAAAUAUCUGCCGAAAAAUCAUGUUUUCAGGAAACAAAAGACCCCAUUUAAUGGUCAACAAGAGUUUGGAACAGCUCCACAUCCUUUAAGCGGGGAGGAAAUUCUUGAAAGAGUCAAAGGGAUUGAAUCAUCAUGGGGGAAGAAGCUGUUGAAUUCCAAAAGACCAAAGGUCAAAGUUCAACUUGGAAAAAGAAAGACCAGCGAUGAAGUUAAUGUUACAAAGAAAAAGGUGGUCAAUGAUCAGCUUACUACUUGCUGGAAAAAAAAAUCAAUAUUCUUUGAUCUACCGUAUUGGAGUUCAUUGCAUGUUAGACAUUGUUUAGAUGUGAUGCACAUUGAGAAAAACGUGUGCGAGAGCCUAAUUGGAACGCUGUUGAACAUCCCUGGAAAAAGUAAAGAUAGUGUUGCAGCAAGGAAGGAUCUUGUAGUAAAAGGUUUACGGAAAGGGUUGGCACCUAAAGAAGGGAAAAAAAAGACAUAUCUCCCUGCUGCGCCAUAUACAUUGUCAAAGAAGGAAAAACAAUCAGUUUGUGGUUCUUUGUAUGGAUUUAAGGGACCAAAAAAUUUCUCGUCAAAUUUUAAAAAUCUGGUUUCUAUGGACGAGUUGAAGCUUUUUGGUCUUAAGUCUCACGAUUGUCAUAUACUUAUGCAGCAUCUUAUUCCGGUGGCUAUUCGUGCAGUGUUACCUAAGCAUGUGAGAUAUGCAAUUACAAGAUUUUGCUUGUUCUUCAAUGCUUUAUGCAGCAAGACCAUUGAUGUUUUACAGCUAGAUGAAAUUCAAACCGGUCUUGUUGAGACUUUGUGUUUACUUGAGAAGAUCUUCCCACCUUCUUUUUUCGAUAUAAUGGUGCAUCUCACAGUCCACCUUAUUCGAGAAGUGCGGUUAUGUGGUCCCGUAUAUUUGCAUUGGAUGUACCCAUUUGAACGGUACAUGAGUGUCCUAAAAGACUUUGUGAGAAAUCGCAAUCGUCCUGAAGGUUGUAUGGCUGAAGCUUAUAUUGCUGAGGAAGCAGUAGAUUUCUGUGCAGAUUACUUGUCCGGAGUACAUGCUGUCGGACUCCCUCCCAAAGCUCAUUUAGAUCUGAAAGAUUAUUAUGCUCCAUUAGGAAGUGGACGUGUGGUGACUGUUUGUCCCAAGCUAAGGCAUCAAGCACAUCUUUCUGUUUUGGACAACACAGCUGAAGUUCAGCCAUAUAUAGAUGAGCAUUUGGAGAGAUUGAAACUGGAGCACCCUCAAAAGUCUAAGGCAGAAAAGUGGCUUAAAGAUGAACACAAUCGAAGAUUUAGCAAUUGGCUGCAACAAAGAGUAGAGCUUGAGCUUAAUAGUCCUGAAAAUGAGAUAUCAGAAACCUUGAGGUGGCUGGCACAUGGUCCUCGAUGUGAAGUGAAAAAAUUUUCUGGAUAUACAGUAAAUGGAACUGAUUAUCACACAAAGGCUUGGGAUAAUGAGCAUGUUCAACAAAACAGUGGGGUGACCUUAGAUGCAGAUGCGUUGCUAGUUUCUAGUGCCAAAGAUAGGAAUCCUAUAGAUAAUGAGAUGACUUUCUACGGGGUGAUUGAAGAGAUAUGGGAGCUUAACUACAAUAGCUUCACGCGAGUUAUGUUUAAAUGUGAUUGGGUUGCAAACAGUAAGAAAGGGAUAAAAGUAGAGGAUUUUGGAUUCACCUUAGUUGACCUUAGUAGGAUUGGGCACAAGUCUGAUUCUUUUGUUUUAGCUGAUCUUGUGCAAAAAGUAUUUUACAUUGAAGAUCCAGCAGACUCAAGGUGGUCAGUUGUAUUACAAGCACCUCAAUUGGACUGGUUAAAUGAAGAUGAGCUAGGAGAUACUACACUUGAUCAUCAAUCUUUUCCCCAUGCACUGCCAUCUGUUAAUACAUUUGAUAUAAUGACUGAGAAUGAUGCAGUUUAUGUGAGAACUGAUUGUGAAGGCACAUGGGUCGAAGAGCAUAAUUGA